GGGGGGUUUUGGUGGUAGAGUGGUCGAACGCGUACACUUUAGAUAAAAAGAUAAAUAUGUCAUUGAGUGUUUACUAUCCCAAGAAUGCACGUGAUAAGGAGUAGGAUCUCUUGGCUGACUUCGUGGGGUUUCUCUGGGUUCUCCGGCUUCCAUCCCCUGCUAAAGACUCUUGCAGAUAAGCUUUUUAAAAAAUACAAUUGUACCAUAUGUUAGUCCCGAAAUGAUUUGGUUUGUGUCGAGUGGACAUUAACUUUCCACACCUACACCCAUAUACAUAUCUCUCCUCUCUCCUUAAAAUCUUGUAAUUAUAUUUUGUACAUUUACAACUCCUAAUUGAUAAUUUUUGACUUCGAAAAGUAGAAUGCAAAAUGGUAUUUCAUAAAAAAAUAAUUGUUUCUUUAUCAAACGGGGGACACUAGAGUGUCCCGGUGUUUUCAGCAUGGUUUUAACUUGUUAGUAGUGCAGGACGGAGUGCCUGACAAGGAGCAGCGCCUGUUCGUUUGGACGGGAUAAAAAAAAGGAACGUCCUGUGUACAUUGCCGGAUCAUGGCGAGCGCAACAGAGGCAAUUGCCUAUGGCCUGUGCCCCCAUGGGCCCCGGCGAUUUGGUGACAAAAAAAAUAUAUUUUUUUUAUUUUGUGGAAAAAAAUAAUGAAGACCUAUUUCCCAAAAAUCAUGAAACAAAGUGGCCUUUUUGGGUUGGCAGCGGGAAGUUGCUACUAAUUCAAAUAUUUUUCAUAUAUAUUUAGCCAGGUGUGCCGCUAAUUUUUCAUGUAUUCCAUGGUGUGCCGUUAGCAAAAAAAAAAAGGUUAAGAACCACUGUUCUAGGGUGCCAUCUUGUCACAAGGGCCAGGCAGCUAUGCUGCCUCAGGGAUCGGCGACCUCAUGAUCCGUCACUGUCUGUGGCAGAAACGUAGCUGUCCGGGUAAAAUUUCCAACAUAUUUCGGUGCAGAAAAGUGAGAAGUUAAAAACUCCCAUGAUUUGUUGUAUGUUUAUAAAUAAAUAUUGUUCACAUUGUUAACAACACAACAAAUGAUCUCCUGAAUUUCCGCUACUUAAUUGAACCUACUUAACGGGUCCUCCAACGGCCCGGUUACAUCAGCAUAAAUGUUAUUGCCUUAUCAUAAGAUUGAAUAGAUCUACAUUCAUUAUAAAGAGUUUAUAUUAUGAUAUCUGGACCACCCAUUAUUUCCCAAUACACUAACUCGUGACGUGUUAUAUUGUUAUUAUUGCAUAAUCAUUCCUAUUUAUAAACAAACUCAUGCGGAUACGUAAUGUCUAAAUACAUGAAAUGAAAUGGGGUUAGAUGUAAUACAAUCAUGUAGACUAAAAUAUCUGAUUCAUUUCAGGAAGAAAAACUAAAGUGAAUUUCGAGAAAGUGGAGCCCUUUUCUCUUCGUUUUCUGCAUAUCACUUUUUACAACUAGGAAAUCGAAAUAAAAUAAAUCACGUCUGUUAAGAAAAAAAAAUUCUGGUGAAGGGGGUGGGAAUGGAAAUUUUAUUUUGGGUGUGUUUUCAGUUUUAUUACGAUAAAUAAGCAUAUUUUGAACACGUGAACACCUUUGGGGGAGCUCUUACUUAAAAUCAUUGAUUAAAAAGACACUGUUUGCACAUAUUCAUUUAAUAUUUCAGACCUAUGGUGUGAAAAACAAUGGUUUGUCACCAGAAAAACGAUCCUAUUCUUUAUCGGCUUUGGAUGAAGGAACUCGGCGAAUACACCAGAAGAACGGCAAGUUCAACAUAUUCCUGUGCCUCAAGUCCAAUAUUCGUAAAGAUCAUUGGGACUCUGACAUACACCACCCUAUAUGUUAUGGUUGCCAACGACCUUUUAAGGUUUUAUUUCGACGUCACCAUUGCCGAAGAUGUGGUAAAGUGUAUUGUUAUCAUUGUUCAGGUUAUAAGAUGAGAUUAGAUGAUGAUGCUGAAAUAAGUAGUGAGGGUAGACCUCACAGGGUUUGUUAUAACUGUAAAAGAUCUCAUAAAGUUGUUGCGACAGAUGAUGCGUCAGAUGGAAAAACAACAAGAUGGUCCAAACAGUUCCAGUUUCUUCGUGAAGAGGCGCAUGUGAGUAAUUCGGCCCUGAAGAAAGAAUAUCCAUCUAAUAUGUUUCAAACUGAAGUUCUACAAAUGUGUGAACCUGUUGUAGAUGUAUUUAUUAAAUCUAAUAGGAAAGAUCCGAAAAAGAAAAACAUUAUUGUUGAUGCUGUUGGGGGUGCUAUAAAGGCUUCUGGUCGUGAAAGUUGGUGUGGAAACUGUGAUAAGAGUUUGAUGAAUCCCCAAAAUCGGAAAGAAUGUAGUUUAUGUAAGGAAUCAUUCUGCAAGAAAUGUACAAGUAAAGAUCUUGUCAUUUACUCCUCGGAUAACUCAGAUCUGAAAGUAGCCAUCACCGAUGAUUUUACGGGAUUCCAAAAACGCUUUUCAAGUUCAAAACUGUUCCGAACCUGUCUUCGAUGUAAAGCAAACGUAAAGGUUAUCUAUGAUGAGGCCAUUUUUAACGAGAAACUACAUGACGCCCAUUGUAGUUUGAGUCAUUUACAGUUUAAAAUAAGCGAGGCAUUGGAACAGAUCUAUGAUGGAAUGGUACGACGUACCCUUGCUGAAACACCAUCUCUCGAGAUCACGGAAUACAGAGAAUCGUCAUUUAACUCGAAAGAGAUAGAAUUUGCCGAUUUUGUUUUUGUGGAAGACGAUAAGGAUGCCGGUGACUUUAGGUUAUCUAGAACAAAAGAUGAAAUAAAGGCCCAGGGUUGUGAUAUAUCAAAAGACUUAAUUGAUAGUUAUUAUAAUGAAUUCCAGAAGCUGGUACAAUUAAAGCCACAAACAGAAAUACAGAAACGACUUUUCUAUAACGUUAAAGUGGCAAUGAGAGAUUAUUAUAUAAACACCAAUAGUAGAAUAAAACAUUUUUCCAACUGAAUAAAAAAUAUACAAUGGAAUAGCUACAUACAUGUUGAAAGUAAUGGAUGUUAAUCAUUUCAUUAAUUUAAUAAGUACCUAGGCUAAAGCCACUGAAAAAUGGUGAUGUCCCACAGUGACCUAAGUCCCAUGCCAAAGUCUCACUGAUAACAGAGUAGUUCGAUAGAUGGAUCCCGUUGUCUGCGAUAUCACUUCGGUGGAAUCGGACGUUAAAUAAAGCUAUUUCACACAUAGAUGGACCCACUCGUAGCCCACUUUACAGUUACACCGAUGGGCUGUGAAUGAUACCGAUAUGCUCCAUAUCAUGGUGGGGUACCUCAUCAUAGUGCUGUUAUUGUCAUAAUUUCGUAUAUUCAAAACUGAAAUCUCAAUAGCUGUGACGGAACUUCUAAUUUAUCAAUACAAACUGUAUCCGAAUUAGAAACAAAAUGUCUUAAAAUACCAGUCAUAAAGUUCUUUUGUAUUUCAACAAGAAAACCACGGUAUCCGUUACUGGCAAGAACUAAUUCUGAGGCUUCGUGUACAACAGAACAGAAAAUAGCCAUACCUUUUCAAAGAUUACAAUUAAUGAAUAUUAUCAAUCUGAGGGUUCACGUGCAACAAAACAAAAUAUGACCAUGCCCAUCCAAAUAUUGCCAUUGAUAAAUGUAAUACCAUAGUCAUUCACCAUUGAUAUUAUUAUUCUUAUGUUUUAUUGAUGUAAAGGCUUUAUACACUGUUUCAUAUAUAUUAUAUAAAAUGUCACAAAACCCACAGACGAUAGGCUGCAAUGUAUCUUAUAUUAUAUAAAAAAAAACCAUAUAUUUGAGUUUUAAAAAACUAGAAUAAAUGUAUUUUACUGGGUUCUC